AUGGCGUCAUUAACUGUAAAACGAACUACACCAACAAUACAAAAACGUAUUGAUAAUCAUGCACAAUCACUUCCUACAUUAGAUUAUUCGUUUCAUAAUGCACAGAAACUUGAAGAUGUGGUUACUGAACCUCGUGUAGUACCAGGUGGACCAAAAUUAAUUAAACAAGGUGAUCGAUAUCUUUCGCAUGGUAUUAAUUUAAAUCAUAAUGCUUUAAGUGGUCCUUUGGAAACAUUACCGGAUUUUGUACGAACGAUACUUGUUGAUCCGAAUAUUUUAUCAACAUUAGAUUUAUCAUUUAAUGAAUUUACAGAAAUUCCUACAGUUGUAACACAAUUUCCUGCGCUAAAAUAUUUUUAUUUUCAUAAAAAUAUGCUUACCGAUGUAGCCGAAGUACAAAAAUUAGUAUCAUUAAAAGAAUUAAAAUAUUUAACAUUGCAUGGUAAUCCAAUUGAACUAACUGUGCCUUAUUUACGUUCAUAUGUUUUAUGUUUAUUGCCUAGUUUACGAAGUUUAAAUUGUUCACCAGUAACUAAAGGUGAUCGAAAAAUAAGCGACGUGUGGGGAGGCAUGAAUAAAAAUUUACUUCCGAAAAAUUUAAAUAAAAAUUUAAAAAAAUAA